UUAUUCUGUUAUUGAUGUCCAACCUUCAAAUAUGAGACUGUUUUUAUAAGUUUCAAAGCAUCUGUUGACGUUUAGAUGAAGAAUGAUUUGUGACCCUUAUGUGUGGAUCAGUUCCUAGGAUUCUGACAAGACGUAAAACCUAUUUUACGAAGUAAAUGUCAUCAAGCGGCGACGCUAAAGCAGGUCCCCAUCUCAGGUCUUAGUUAGACCCACCAGUUAGUGUUUGCAAGCCGCAUGUACAAGAUUUGGGAUCAAACUUAAUUUGAGGACUAUUUAAAAUUUUCAAAUAUUCAGUGGAGAGGAGACGAGCUCACAAAGGAUGGGCCUGGCUGGAGCAUUUGUUGUUUUUAGCAUCCGAUUAAAUUUCGACUUUUUAAUGUGAAGUUUGCAAGUCUGGAUGUGGAUCACAGUGGCAGGAUUGAAAGGUUGGUGUUUCUGGGUCGGAGGUACUCUCUUUGAAUGCAUCCACUGAGACGUGACAUUGUCGAGAGAGCAGGAGGAUAAGUCAACGAUAUACAUUAACUCUUGUGUUGGGAUGUUGGGAUCAAAUUCAUCAUUCAAGAUAUGUGAAACCUUUAAGGAAUAACUGCUAGCCUGCAGUGUUUAUGAAGCAGCUCUGAAGCUACCUGGACUUGUUCUGUUAAUACAUUAACAUUGAGUACAACUAGAAAUAUUUCACAAUGUUGUAAUAAUUUCAUCUUUCCUUGAUGGUUGAAUUUGAAUCACUAUUCAACAAACCGUGAAACCCAUUGUGUUAAAAAUAUGUGCGGAAACAAAAACUGGAGUUGAAGCUUGUUUAGCCUAUCUCGGAUGAGUCAUGGCUUGAGAGAAAUCCCCCUCUCAGCUCGGGAGACAAGAUACGAAAUUACCUUUAUCUCCACUCGCUUGCUUUCACUGCUAGAGACUCUGCAGUGUGCAUACAUUUUAAACUGAGUGAGGCAGAGUUGAAUCCUGCAGUGGAUGAGCAUACUGUCAUUGCCUUGUGUACUUUGCGCACUACCGUGGAUUUAACAGAGUGCAAUCACCGUUAUGUAUUCGACAGACGUUUCUGACUCAUAAUUGUUUUCUGAUGAUCAAUGAGAAUUAGUAGAUUGACAAGAUUUGGAGACAGGAGCCAAGACGAAUUCUUCAAAUGAGGACGUUUGUGAUGGAAAUGGAAAUGUGUGGAUUUAAUGGAUGAGUAGGACAACUGACUUCUGGUGGGAUGAAUUCAUUAUGAUUAGGAACACCAGUGAUGGGAGAGUCAAUGGAUGACGCUGCCUACAGGAAACUCACCCCAAACACUCACCGUGAGAGAGUGCAGCAUUAUACAAGUGACAUGUUCGCGGAGCUGUUAUCAUUCUGAAGAUAACAGUAUCACUAGAUGAAGAUUGUCUGUUGUGUAUGUAUUCUAUACACAAGGUAUCGCCUGUGACUAUACCUCGUCUACAAUCAGCGUGUUUCAUCUGGUUGGCAGUGUUUCUUUUCGAAAGGAUCCUCCCACAACUUGUAGACUAACCCCAGAAGAUAUAUCCAUUAACACCAGACCUAGGUGUAUACGGCAUUGUCUGAGAGGGAUAUUUCACCAGAACCUUUCUAAAAUAGACAACUGACUUUUUUCUUCUGUGAAUAGAUGGUUAAUAGGUCUUUCAGCAAUUGUGCCUGCAGUUCUCUCGUGUACUUCAAGGAGAAGAGAUACAGGCAGAUAGUUACGACUCUUGUGCAGUCGCAAUCAUAGCCUUUCAUACCAGAUGCUCUUACAGGUUGUUAGGCGAUUGAGAAAUACGACCUUCUAAUAUUUCCUUGAUUACAGCCGGGUUUUCACUGUACACAUCGUGCAUUGUGACAUUUGUGUUGAUGUGAAAUGGACACUGUAUGAUAGAGAUGUGACUGAAAAAAGCAUCUUUUAAAUAACGUGGAUUACAAGACAAAAGGUUUCAUUGGAUAUAUAACACCAUGAUGGAUCAUUCCAAGUCCCUCUCCGAUACAGAGCAGCCGAUGACAGAAGAAAAAUCUUCAGGCUCCAAAAUGUUGAAGAAGGCAAAAUCAUUUCGAGAUGACAUCAAAACGAAGAUUAAAAGGAGACCGUCGACAGGGGCACAACAGAUGAUACCUGAAAAUAAGUCCCCGAAAAAUAAACAGUCGAAGGCCGUCAGCAGAACCAAUAGCAUGAAUGAGGGGUCCAAGACUGACAGAUCUGAAGACACAGACGAGGCGGACAAGCUGCAGAUGGAGGUGGAGGAGGUGAACCGCACCCUCAACUUCAUUGUCCGCGCCGUGGUGACGCAGGGGAAGCAUGAGGUGUUGCCGCCGUCAGCUACACUGGUCCUUGAGACGGUCAUGAACGUCUUCACGCUGCUUAGCAACCACCUGCUGAACCAGGACAGCUCUAAGUUGGCGUCACAUCACAACAAAGUGUGCCAGUGUCUGGCCAAGUUCAUACGAUGGUCCGACAGUGUGUUGAUGAAGAGCGAGGACGACUUCAACAAGGAGACUGCCAAUGAAAUAAUUGCUGCUCUUUCUGAUGGUAUAAAGGAUCUCACCCAGCUGUGUAUAGAGAAGAUGGCGUCCAGAAAGAGUAGCCUGCCCAAGUCUCCCACCUCCACCUCGGGAUUACAGGGGACGCUGGAGGGAAGCAAACGUUCCUCACUUCCUGACAUCCCGCUGACCCCGGGGGAACGCCAGAUCCUGGAACAGACGAGUGGCAUGGGUAUCUAUGACAAUGCUACGGUAUCCCGCUCCAGCGAAGGUCUCAGCAACCCCACUAUAUUCUCCUUCGACGUUGAAGAUUCCCCGGCCCCUAAACCCCCUCUUCCAGAUGGCGCAAACUCAAUAUUACCACGGAUAUUAGGUGCAGAUGUACCUGAUGGCGAUUUCCCGCCACCACUUCCUGACAAGGAGAAACGGCGGUCAGGAAACAUGUAUGAUCUCAUGUCCAGCACCACCUCCACUACAUCCCUCACCCCGACACAGUCACCACAGAACAGCAUCCUUAUCAGCCCCACAGGCGAGAUCCUAACUCCUUUCAGCCAAUCACCACACAGCGUGUCUCCCAUGAGUCACUCACCAUCAAGCAGUGUCGGCUCGGGACUUAACAAAUCCACAGAAGACCUUAUAGCCUCGGCCCAGAGGUCAAGUCGGACCAAUAGUAUAACAAAAUUAACCGAAGGACAAGUAAUCAAUUCAUCGUCUUCGAGUGUAAUGCGUUCAUCAACAACUCAACAUACAACGUUUGACGAAAUAAAUUCCCUGACUUAUAAAAUUAACCAGUUAACCUCCAGCAUUGAUGACAAACCUCCACCUAUUCCAAGCAAGCAGCGUAUCCACAGACUGAUGUCAACGUGCGUACGAUCACGUCCCGGACGCACUACAGGUGUGCAAUGCGUCCUCUAUGUCCUCCGCUUCCAGGUCUGUGUUCAACAGGACUAUGGAGUCCCGGAUCUCGUCCUCCUCUACUUGCAGCUCCCAGUCUCACAGAGCUCCCAGUCCACGCAGUCUUUCAUGAGUGUGCUGACGCAGAAGUCGGCCUCCAGUAGUGCUCUGCUGUUCUGUGCGGACAGAACGAGUUCCCAAGAAACUUACUCAAGUUCGGAGACGUUCUCGUCUGCCACAAGUCACUCAAGUACGGAGAGUCUGCCGAAACCUCCACCUCUCCCACCCAAGAAGAGGCAUAUACACGCCUACAUGCAGACGUUUGGGUCUUAUACCCAACCGUCUUCCCUUGAGUGUAUCUCACGGCACUCUAUCAACUUCUACGAGGCUCAGUGGCACCAGCACCAGAUGGAGCUGUUCCAGCCACUUUACCCACGCUCCAACACCAUCAGCGUCAUCUCAGACAUCUCCAACUUCAGCUCGGACACUUCUUUCAGCUCCGGAUCUCCAGACAGAUUCACUGGCUUGCCAGCACUUCCAAUCAAAAUGAAGCGGCAAAAUAUGAAUCGUCAGAGUAUGGCAUCGACGGGGUCAGGAUCAAGUCAGUCGGAUAUGUCGAACAGUGCAGGUGACAUUCGGGAGAAGACCGUCAGCCUGCUGGAACCAGCGGUCACUGGACCUCGGCCGGCAAUAGAACUGGACCCCAAGAGCCAGUCUGCCCCAGCCACUGUGUGUGAAACCAUUAUCCCGUCCCUCCCAAAACCUGCCCCAAACCAGUUACCCCACCCCUCCCCUGUCCCCAGACCGGAGAUUCAGAAAGAUGCUGAUUCUGACUUUGCUGAACUGAACCCACUUGAUGAUGUGGAUGUGUCGGAUCAGCUCAUCAGAAAACAGCAGGGCGAAGAUGGCCCCGACAUCCGGGGAGGAUCUAUAGACGCCCUGGUUGUACAUGCAACAGCUGCUGGAAAAUCAGGCUCACAAGGAGAUCUAGUAAACCAGGAAGAGUUCAUCUACCAGGAGGCAUUCCUGACAACCUAUCGGACGUUCAUUGUCUGCAAGGAGCUGAUAGAUAAAUUGCUGUACCGAUUCUACAAGUUCCAGCAUGUCAAGGACAAAAAAAGACUGUCCCGGAACGCCUUCUCUCUCCUCAUUAGGGUGGUGGAUGAACUAGGAUACAUGGAGUUAGAAGAGGAAGUGGUGAGACGGAUGAUGGACCUGGUAUAUGAACUGGUCUGCCAGGGAGAGCUGAUGCUAGCAAGGAUCCUUCGGAAGAAAAUCAUCGAGAAGUGUGAACAGCGCCAGAAAAUCCUUGCCGACAAUGCCAACACAAUGACACCUGUGCAGUCAAUCCAGCUGUCUCAGAACCUGCCAGACCUUCUCCACUUCAAGUCUCAGGAGAUAGCGGAGCAGAUGACUCUUAUGGAUGCUGAGCUCUUCCAGAAAAUAGAGAUUCCUGAGGUUCUGUUGUGGGCCAAGGAGCAGUCUGAGGAACUGAGCCCCAAUUUGACCCACUUCACAGAACACUUCAACAAGAUGUCAUAUUGGUGUCGCACCCGCAUCCUGACACAAGAGGAUCCCAAGGAGAGGGAGAAGUACCUCAUCAAAUUCAUCAAAAUAAUGAAGCACCUUCGGAAGAUGAGCAACUUCAACUCAUACCUUGCUAUUCUGUCCGCGCUUGACUCUGCACCAGUCAGGAGACUGGAGUGGCAGAAACAAAACUUAGAGGCUCUGAAAGAGUUCUGUCAGUUGAUAGACAGCUCUUCAUCAUUCCGUGCGUACAGACAGGCACUCUCCGAGACAGAGCCACCAUGUAUACCCUAUCUAGGGCUAAUUCUACAAGACCUGACCUUCAUCAACAUCGGCAACCAGGACCUGCUGCCUGACCACAGCAUCAACUUCUCCAAGCGUUGGCAGCAGUUCAACAUCCUCGACAGCAUGCGCCGAUUCAAGAAGUGCAACUAUGAAUUCAAGAAGAGUGAAAAAAUAUUGUCAAUCAUCAACAAGUUUGAUGAUUAUUUAUCUGAAGAGCUUUUGUGGCAAAUAUCAGAGAAAAUAAAACCAAGGGGAGGGAGAAAGAAGGUGGAAACCGACUAACACAUGACCAAAUCCUAGGACAGUGAAAACCCAAGAGAGAGACAAGAACACUGAUCGAAACUCAAUGAGAUUCUUCAUAUUGAUGUCCUUGUGCCCUGUCAAGACUUAAGUUUUCAAGUAGAAAAUGUCUGUCUUUCCUCUGGACUCACGACAGUACCACUUUAAUAAGACUUGACAGGACUAUCGGCAUAAUUGUGGACUGUGAACAACCUAUGGCAGUUGACUGUGUGAAGCUGUAAGGAUCCGCUGUUAUUGAAGACUUUGCAUGUCCAGUCAGUCUUCUGUGUGGUGUUGCUCAAAGAGGAAGUAGCAGGACUCUCAACAUGGUCAGUCCAGGUAUGGAGCGACAGUGAUGCGAUUUUCAUAGGAGGCUUUCCACGACAGGUGGAUUUUUCACAAUGCAGUGAAGCAGACGGCACAUGUGUGAUACUAUACGACUCCACCAUCUCCAUUGCCUUGUAGCAAUGCCACUUUCACUGGACAAUGUGACCCAGCAUUGGGUGAUUGGUAAAUGCAGAGCUGGACUGGGCCUAUGUUUCAGUAUAGGAGUCUACAAACAGGUGGAGCACCUGUAGGUCUACUGUCGUGUUGAGCAUUGACGUGAAGACUUACGCCUCUCAAUGCAUUAUACCUUGUUGAAUUUUGACAAAGUGUGUUUGGAGGGGUAUACAUGGUCUGAGGCAGAGUUGUGUCCCCUUGAAGCCAGAAUCCACUGGCUCUGGAUUGAAUCCUGAAUUCAUCCAUUUAUAAUCCUUGGUCUUGUGACCAUAUGUGGUCUUUUGCGACCAUAUGUGUUGAUGGGGUUUUCACGAAAGUGGUAAAUAGCCACGACCUGUAUCAACUUUGUUUUUUUCUCCAACUUAAACCUGCAAACAAAUUAACAAUGCCUGGUAUAUCCCAGGACAUUGACCCUAACCAAUCAGCUACUUGGUGUGUGAAUUGUUUUGAUGUGUGGAGGUACAUCUUAAGUUUGAUACAUGGACAAGCUACCAUCACUCUACUACAUCUCGUCUUACAAGUCUCAACUGAUUGACAUUGCAAGGAGAAAUCAAAGUGUCGAAUUCGGAUAUUAUGGCAGGUAGUUCAAGCCAGAGACAAACACAGUUUUCUGGAUAUCUGCAGUGAAUUGCAAGGAAGUAGUGAAUGUUUUGCUGUGAUUUUGAUUCAGAAUUUGAACAUCUUGUAUAGAAAUCUUGAUAUAUCAAUUGGAUAUUUGUGGCCUCUGUCAUUUACAGCAUUCAUAUCAUUGUUGGAUUGUUAAAUUUGUUUCUACCACUGAAUACCAAAAUGUGUAUCUGUUCAUGUUGAAAUGAGUUUGACUUUAGAUAGAGUGCAUUGCAGACACUUGCCGCCUGGAGACUUUAAUCUGCCCCCGAUUGGAUAGAUUGCCGCCAGGGUUGCAGUGUACUGACCUUUAGAUAGCCGCUUGGGUUAUCUGCCCUUGUGUAGAAAGGUCGUCACAAGGCGGGAGCAGAUUGACCUUUAGCCAUUCUUCUGGGAGAGGACCACAAGGCCGUAGAAUAUUGACCUUCAGCAGGUCAGAGUUAUCUGCCCCUGUUUGAAGAGGUUAUCACCAGGGGGCAGUGUAUAGACUUUCAGCUCCUCUGAAAGGAAUAUAGAGUUUAAUAAGUUUAACAUUGGCUGCCAUAUCUAUAUCCGGCCUAUUGCCUGCAUCGCACCAAGCCCCAGAUGGCGCUUCACAACAAUACCUGGAUGUUACAGUAUCGAGAUUUAAUAACUGUUGUGUCAAAGAUAUUAAAUUAGUUUAUGCAAUUUUGCCAAUGACGAGUGUGUGUGAUUACAUGUGUAAAAGCUGCCAUAUCUGUUGUUGUAACUUUGGCUGUUUCUGCAGGGAUUAUGACAACAAACUCUAGAUAUAUAUGCAUAAUGAAUUGAAGAUAAUUAUAUUUGUUGAUUCGUUAAUGCAACUAGUGGUUCACCACAGGGUAUCAGGAGUGGAUAGGAUGGGAUACAAGACUGUUUAUGAUUAAUGUAUAACUUAUUCCCGUUGUCAAGUUGGAUAUGAGAAAGCGACUUUCUAACGCCAUUAGAAAGGCGAUACUGUUUAAUAAAAUUUGGUCAUUUGGCGUUAGUCUGUAUCAAGGUUUUCAUGAUCAACCAGUGUGUAGGCGUCUUGCAGGUCUAUUGUACAUACACUAACAAUUCUGCAGGACUUGUGAGAUCAGCUGAACCACUUUGGAAUUUAAGUUUUGGAGAGAAAAAAUAUUUUUAUUUAUUUUUGUUUUUUUGUUUUUUCAUCUUUAUGUUUAUUCCAUCUACCGAAACCAAGAGAUAUAUAAAUAGCUUUAAUGAAUCAUUUCAUAUUGAGUGGAUUUUUAGUUCAAAUUUGCUAGUUUUGCUUUUGGUAUGUACCUCUGGGAGAACAUUCAAAGCACAUUUGUAACAAAUGUUGUUUUAAAAUGGAACGAUGUUCCAAAUUGUAAUGCCAGAUAUGUAGAAGUUGUAGGUAGUGCCUGUGUGAACCUGAGUCAGUCUUGUGUUUGUUAGGCUACAGCUUGAUGUUCACAACUGAAGUUGAGAUAAUCAAAUCACAUUGUAUUGAUGAUCAAACUAACUAUGACUGCCAAUUAACCUGAUUCUGUUCAAGAUCCUCAUGUGUAAUUAGAUGUGGCUGGAUAUUGUGUCAUGAUCGAUUGACUUGACAGGUGGGUGAUGACAAGAAUUAAUCACUGGAAAGUUUCGUUACAUCAAUAGAAAAAUCCUUUUUGCUUUUAUUGACAAAGUCAUCUACAGCCAUCUAUCCAUAAACCAAGGGAAAAAGAAUAAAGACUAAUUAUGACUUAAUGAAGCAUAAUGAGCCAUAAUGAGCAUGAUAAUGGCCAUGACAUGACAUGAAAACAUCGGUUUGUACAGCUUUUUUGUCAUUUUCAUGGAGACUGAUUGUUUUACAAAAUAUCCUGUAGAGAUCAGCCCAGUUAGGUAAUACCAUAGGUGUGUCCUAUGAAAAUUUGCUGAAAUUUUGAAAAUAUAUUAAUGACAUUUGCUCUUGCACAAUCAUUGUUUUAUGGGCAUAAUUAGUCAGAAGGUCUAUCCCAUCAUUAAAAGCAUUUAAACAAUACGCAGUUAACUGGAUGUAGAAGGCUUAAGAUCACUGGCCUAUUGAAAUUUUAGACAAACUUGUGACAGUGAGCUUCAGUACCUGUUCAAGUUCUUGGCUUCAUUCUGUGAACUGUCAACCAGAACUGAAAUCCCAGUGGAUUUAUGUGACUGUAUUUUGAACCAAGAAUUAUACAUGUAUACCACUUGUGUUUUCGAGACUGAGACAUGUCAUGGAAUCUACAUGUAGGACGUCCCAGCUGAGUCUGUCUGGUCAAGUAAUGAUCCCUGACGUCCACAGAGUAAUAUGGCUUUGUAUUUUGAGUUUAUUGAUUCACACAUGGUCAGCAUUUAUUUUCAUAUGCACCAUAUUCUUCUCAAAAAGGGGACCAGUCUUCAUAUGACUGUAGUUUUAUGUCAUUCUGUCGCAGAAUAUCUCCGGAAAUAUGAAAGAAUUGGGUUGUCUUAUUUGAGUAGUAUAGAUGUCUUGUGUUUUAAGUCCGAGAUUUGUCAAGAAAAUGUAAGAUGGUCAACAAGGGUUAGUUAUUUAUUCACAUGUUAGGUGAUUUCAAAAGACAAUGAUGUGAGAUCAUGCCACAAGGGUUAGUUAUAUAUUCACAUGUUAGGUGAUAUCAAAAGACAGUGAUGUGAGAUCAUGACAAUAGCUCAGUCUUGGUUCAUGCAAGAUGAUUGCCAGUCCAUCUAAUAUUGCACAUGAGGCAGUUGCUUAUAGAAGGCUUAGACUUCACACAUAUGCAAUGAAAGGAUGUAUGUUUAUUGGAGUUGUACAAUCAUGACUUAAACAGAUGGAAGUGACCUUCAAAGUGGCAAGAUCAUGUGACUUACUGACCUUUGACCUGUGUGGCUGGUCCACUUGCUGAGGAUUAAAGGGAGAGAACUUGAGUCUGCUGGCAGACCACAAGAAAAUACAGGCAAAUGCUGUGUGGACCUGGUGUAUAUUGAAGAGACUUGUGUAUAUGCUACGACUGCAUUAUAUUGGAUGUGUGACCCUCACACAUGUGAUAUGUUAUAAAUAUUUGUACAGUGUGAAAGUUCAUAUUGAAUAUUAGGUGUGUACAAAUUGCUGUUGUACAGACCCCAAAGACAUUUGACAGUGCUUUUUGGAAAAAAUUUGAUGUAUUGCUCUAUUGAUAAUUGUCUUAAUUCCAUAACUUAUUUACUUCUUAUUCAUAGUUAAUACCAGUUAAUGUACAGGAAAGUCUUUAUAAACAUUUAUAACAUAUGUAUUUCAACUGUGAGAGAUGCGACAGUGCUUUAAGACAAAGAUUAUUAUCUGUCAUAUAUAUUAGGACCCGUGAAGGUCCGGGUUAGAAUAUUGAUCUUCAUUAACCCAUGCUUGUCGUAAGAGGCGACUAACGGGAUCGGGUGGUCAAGCUUGCUGACUUGGUUGACACAUGUCAUCGGUUCCCAAUUGCGCAGAUCGAUGCUCAUACUGUUGAUCACUGGAUUGUCUGGUCCAGACUCGAUUAUUUACAGACCGGCGUCAUAUAGCUGGAAUAUUGCUGAGUGCGGCGUAAAACUAAACUCACUCACUCACUCAAAUAUACCACUCAAAUGAAGGUAGAGUUAUUCUGGGUAUUGCAACACAGCCUUCAAACUGAUGGUGUCCUUAACUUGUUGAGUGGUAUACAUUCAUGUCAAUCUGAAGAUUGUGCUGUACGCAGUGUAUUUUCAAGUAUUCACGUUUACAUGCUAAAAUGGCAGACAAAGGGAUGGUGAUUGAACACCAUGGUAGAACAACUGCAAUGGUUCCCCUUUGGAAAGGUACCAUAUUUCCUCUAUUAAAAGCCAGGACACUUAUUCAUUUCAGUUUACAUUUAUACCAAGUCUAAUUAUUUGCUGGUCUUGUUUAAAUGUUGCCAGCCCAGAUUUUCUUUUCCACUUGACUGAAUGAAUAACUGAGACUAUGCACGAUUGAUCUAUAAUUAGAAUAGUUAUUGCAUACUCUCUGAGAAGUGAUAAUAUUAGUUCAUUAUUAAAAUGCCACUGAAGAUUUGAGUUCUUAUUGUUUUGAUGUUUUUAUUUACCCGAUAACCUACUGAAGUACAAACAAAUUGGAUUAUCUGAAAGAAAAACAUCCUUUCUUUUCAGCGUAGUAUUUCAUACACUGGAUGAUGGAUUUGUUUAAUGAACUUUAUGUAGUUAUUGUGAAAUGAUAAAAUCAGUAUCAGUAGUUAAUAUGGGCAGAUCGCUAUGACAACCAUAAGUCUAUGUUAGAGUAUGGGAGUUAGGAAAACCUUUGUGAUGAGAUAGCAACGAGGCCCGGUACUUGAAGCCUUACCACUGGUCCUGGUUUUCAGUGAACGAGUUGGGUUUUAUGCCGUUUUUUUGCAAAUUCCAGCAAUGUCACGGCAGGGGACACCAGAAAUAUGCUUCACUAAUUGAACCCAUAUGGGGUGUCCUGACUUUCAACAGAGGAAACAUGGUAUUCUGUGACUAGUACAAGCUUUCAGUGUCUAGAUGUUUUGAUAUAUCCAGACAUAUUCUGUUCCAGCAGUGAUAGCAACAGUGAAGACUGCCCAGGCGUCGACAUUGUGUCAGAGAUGAACUGACAAGUCUUCGCCUGAAUGUCAACAGUGUAAAAUAUCUUAGACAUCUUCUGUGUGAUUGGCCAUCUUUUAGGAAUCACUUGCUUGCGAUCAUGUUACAGGGUUCAAUACCUGCAGACAAUUACCAUUUGAUCUAUGAUGUACACAAUCAGUAGAGGCCGUCUGUAUUAUUUUCUAAUUGCUUGUCAACUUAUGUGCUGUAGUUCCCAUCCAGUAUGCCAUCUUUACGAAUCUUUCAAAGUGUACUCGCUUUUCCGGCUGUGGUAUAUUUGACAUAACAGUCCUGUGAGGCUAAGCAGCUUGGAGCAGUAUGCUGGUGGUGAGGAGUAGUACGUAUAUAGAACCUGUACAGCAUGACAAAGCCUGGCUCUGCCUGCGGAUCUCUAUGUAGCCCAUUUAUUCAUACCUCAUUGGACUAGUUGUUAAAGUAUGGGCAUAUUUACUUAUUUGUUAAAGUUCUGGCAUUAUUUCAAUCUAAUGUUUUCUAUCACCCCACUCCGCAAUAUUUUCUAGCUGAAGGAAGCAUAGCUUUGUACGUAUCUAUCGAAGUUUAGGCAUUAUUUCAUUUUUAUAUUUUUAACCCCACGCUCGGCAAUAUUCCCACUGAAGAAACCAUAGUUAUUAUUAACGAUUUUAGUCUCCCAUAAUUAGACAUAAUUAUGUCAGUUUAGAUGUCAGUGGGAGGUAUAUAUGGUAUGAAACAUAUCUGGGAUUAACUGAUAGAAAAUGUAUUUGUUACAACAUAACUAGACUCUGUGUGAUUGGUUGAGAGAAGUGUGGUUAUUUUGUCAUAUUGACCGAAUAGUUCAUAGAGUACCACAGAGUAACCCUGUUACUUGUUAAGGAUAUAUAUGGGUAUUACAUAUGAGGUAUGCAUAUUUGGGCUACUUAUCUAUUUCUACUGUGGUCUGUAUUCUUGGAGUGAACCAGCUUCUGGGAUGGUGUAGAUGUAUGCAAUUUUUCCUGUUUAUUUAUUUAUUACAAAACUGUGCAAUGUUGAUGUGCUGUUGUAUCAUUUGCCAACAUGAAUAAAUGUCCUUUCAGUA